GGGUGAGGGCGGGGCGCAGUCGGGAUUGAGAAGCCGGCUGCUCCGCGGAAUCUCAGUGCGCGCUCGCCGAUCUGCCGGUGUCCUCGCUCCUCGCUGCCCCGAGCCUCUGCCCCGCCAUGGCCGCCUACAAGCUGGUGCUGAUCCGUCAUGGAGAGAGUGCCUGGAACCUGGAGAACCGCUUCAGCGGUUGGUACGACGCGGACCUGAGCCCCGCCGGGCACGAGGAAGCCAAGCGCGGUGGCCAAGCGCUGCGAGAUGCUGGCUAUGAGUUUGAUAUCUGCUUCACCUCUGUCCAGAAGAGAGCAAUCCGUACCCUUUGGACAGUACUAGAUGCCAUUGACCAGAUGUGGUUGCCUGUAGUGAGGACUUGGCGCCUCAAUGAGCGGCACUAUGGAGGUCUGACGGGCCUCAAUAAAGCAGAGACAGCUGCUAAGCAUGGCGAGGCGCAGGUGAAGAUCUGGCGGCGAUCCUACGAUGUCCCACCCCCUCCGAUGGAGCCUGACCACCCCUUCUACAGCAACAUCAGCAAGGACCGGCGCUAUGCAGAUCUUACUGAGGAUCAGUUGCCCUCUUGUGAGAGCUUGAAAGACACCAUUGCUCGGGCUCUUCCCUUCUGGAAUGAGGAAAUCGUUCCCCAGAUCAAGGAAGGAAAACGUGUUCUGAUUGCAGCCCAUGGCAACAGUCUUCGAGGGAUUGUCAAACAUCUUGAGGGUCUGUCUGAAGAAGCUAUCAUGGAGCUGAAUCUGCCCACUGGCAUUCCCAUCGUGUAUGAGUUGGACAAGAAUCUGAAACCCAUCAAGCCCAUGCAGUUCCUUGGGGAUGAAGAGACUGUUCGCAAAGCCAUGGAAGCUGUGGCAGCGCAAGGCAAAGCCAAGAAGUGAAAACAGGCUAACGGGCCCAGCCAGCAAUAGCCAGGUCCUUCCCUUCUCACUGUCUCCACUUCUCUCCCCUGCCUGCUCCACACACUGACCAUCGCCGUAGGGAACACAACGCAUAGCUGCAGGUGGGGGACUGAUGGUUCCUUUUCUCAUUUCUUCCUAUUUCAGACCAAUUUCUUUCUCUCCCCUGCCCCUCCCCUCAAGCACAUUAGUCAAAAUGCCUCCUGGGUGAUUUGGCUCAGUAAGAACCUGUUAGGGGUUAUAGGGACUUAGUAAAAAGUGACCAAGGUGGGGAGUUUGAAAGAAGCAAUUGUUUCAGUUAAUCCUAUGAGCCAGUUCUGCCAGUAGGGCAGCCCUCUCAGGGGCUGUUGUAGGAAGCUGCCUAUAACCCAGGUGGUCAUUUAACAAAUCAUGAAGUCUUGUUUGAAUGUUUCCUCCAUAUCCCCAAAAAAUUGGAUCUGGGAGGUAGAUUAUGUCAUGUUUUCUUGUUGCAUUUACAUUGAUAAAGGACCCUUCCAGAGUGGUUAUUAGUGGCUUUUUAAAUUAAACUGUCCCACUUGGUAGUCAUCAGUCAUCUCAAGCCACAUCACAAGAGUUCCUUGACUUUUAAGGGGUGGCCAAAUAUAUCCUACUGUAUUUUAUAGCCCUGCUCUUCUGGGCAGUGAGAUGUCCCUAAAUCAUGUUGAAAUGUGUUUCUAAGUAUUCCAUUGCCUUUCACCUCAUGUCCAAUCACCUGGGUACUCAAUCAAUUUUAGCAUAACUGUACUAACCCUGCCCCUCCCCCCCUUUUUUGUUGUUCACUAUAAUAAAGGAGUGAUGUGCAAUA